AUGGGUUCAAUUAAUGCCUUGACCAACGGAAGCCAUGAAGUCCGAGAAGUCGACAUUCUCAUUAUCGGCGCGGGCUUCGGUGGCUGCUAUGGUCUCUAUAAGUUCCGUCGUCUAGGGUUCAACGUCCAUUUGUUCGAGGCUGGCUCAACUCUCGGCGGAGUCUGGCACUGGAACAACUACCCUGGGGCUCGUGUCGACUCGGAGAUUCCAUACUAUCAGUUCUCGAUGCCCGAAGUCUGGCGCAAAUGGAACUGGUCCGAGAGAUUUCCAAGCGGAGAAGAGUUGAAGGAGUAUUUCAAGCACGUGGAUACGACAUUAGACCUAUCUAAAGAUAUCACCUAUUCCGCCAAUGUUAUCGGCGCCGAAUUUGACCAGUCAACCGGGAAAUGGACCGUCACGACCGAGAGUGGCCAGAAAGCGAGAUGCAAGUAUCUCAUCUGUGCCACAGGAAGUUCAUUCAAACCCUACUUCCCCGAUUUCAAAAACCUGGACAAAUUUCGAGGACAGCUCAUUCACUCGACCCGCUGGCCGAAAGUGGCCAACACCAAAAACACCCGUGUUGCCAUCAUCGGGUCAGGCGCAACAGCGGUGCAGUGCACACAGGAAAUUGCGAAGGAGGCACAGCACUUGACCGUGUAUAUCCGUACUGCCAGCAUCUCGUUACCUAUGUUCCAACGCCCAUUGAGCGAAUUUGAACAGCGAGUCAACAAGUCCACGUAUGGACACGUGUUUGCCUACUGUCGGCAAUCAAAAUCAGGACUAGGGUACGAUCCUCGGCCAGGCUCCGUCUUUGACUUGAACGAUCAAGAGCGGGAAGAGCUUUGGGAGGAACUAUGGAAUCGUGGUGGAUUCAACUUCAACCAGGCAAACUACCGAGACUUCUUGGUGGACGAAAAGGCCAACAAGUUGAUGUAUGAGUUUUGGGCGAAGAAGACACGUCCUAGGCUCAAGAAUCCAGCCAAAGCGGCAUUCCUAGUGCCAGAGAAGGCACCCUUCGCGUUUGGGACGAAGCGAAGCAGUCUCGAGCAAGAUUACUACGAGUGUCUUGACCAGGACAAUGUUGAUAUUGUGGACCUCAAAGCUAACCCGAUCCGAGAGUUCACUGAGAAAGGCAUCAUCACCCAAGACGGGGUCGAACGUGAAUUUGAUACAGUCGUCAUGGCCACGGGCUUCGACGCUAUGACGGGUAGCCUGACGAACAUGAACAUCAAGGGGACAGACGGAUUGACGUUCCGGGAGCGAUGGAAGGAUGGCGUCUUCACACACCUGGGGUUAUGCAGCAGUGGCUGCCCGAAUAUGUUUAUGAUAUAUGGACCUCAAGCACCGACCGCCUUCACAAACGGACCGGUUUUCAUUGAAAGCCAGGUCGAUAUAGUCGUCGACCUGAUCAAAAAACUUGAGGCGGAAGGUAUCAAGUCGAUUGAAGCAAAGAGGGACGCUGAGGAGCAGUGGAAGCAAGCAAUCCAAGAGGCUAACGACAAAACCCUGCUACCAUUGACUGACUCCUGGUACAUGGGGGCCAAUAUCCCGGGAAAGAAACGGGAACAGUUAAACUACCUGGGAGGCAUUGAGCAGUACGAAAGGGAGUGUCGACAAGCUCUAAAGACAUUACAGGGAUUUGAGGUGAUCUACAAUACCGACAAGUAG